CGCCACUUUUGACGUCAACAAACAACAGCCUGCAGUAACAUUAUCGACCGGUUCUUGUUGAAAUUUAUGUAGGCAGUGUCAGUGAUUUUCAGGAAUACUCCGUGGAUUUUGUAGAUGCCAAGAUGUAAUUUGAAUGCCAACAAGAAUGGAUGAGGAGCUCGGUAUUCAACACUCCUAUAGAGAGUCUUUGAUUAGGAAUGAACUAAAACCAAAUCAACAGCUGCCUGCUGGUUAAAAACAAUUGGUUUACCAGCAGUAUGUCUGAAUAUCAUAAAAAAUAUUUUUGUCCGCGCCUGCUGGAUUACAUGGUCAUUGUGGGCAGCCGACACCACAACAACAACAACAAUGUUGCACAAACACCAGAGUUGUUAAGGCGCUAUCCUCUGGAAGAUCAUGCCGACUUUCCACUGCCUACAGAUGUGAUAUUUUUCUGUCAGCCUGAAGGCUGUAUAAGUGUAGGUCCGAAACGUAUGAGUCUCAGAGAAACUACAUCAUUUGUUUUCACGCUCACAGAAAAAGAUUCGGGGAAAGUGCGGUAUGGCAUAUGUGUGAACUUUUUUAGACCAUUUGAAAGAUAUAAAUCAGAACGAAGAUCAGAUAGUCGGCACAGCACUGACAGCCGUCACAGUACCAUAAGCAGCAGCUUUGGAAGUGAAAGACAGUUCAGUAGUGGUAGUUACAGUGAGGGAAAUCCGAACGUAAGAAACCUGCCACAUAAUGACUCGGAGACACGUUCUCCACGGACUAGUAAAAAAACAAAAUCCUCUUCACGAGUUCGAUGUAAUACUCUAACGUCACUAUGCAUUAUCAGUCACCAUCCAUUUUUUUCAACGUUUCGUGAAUGUUUGUUCAUCUUGCGACGAUUGAUUGAUGCUUGCCAUGAAAGAAGUUGUGCCAGAAGAAUUGGAGGAUCAAGAAGCUUGUCCAGGGACACUGUGUGGGGUGUGUUAACAGGUCAGGGAAGUGACAAUGUAUCAAGCCUCGUUGUGCACGAGAUACGCGAGAUUGAGACCUGGGUGCUUCGACUACUCAGCGCCCCUGUGCCUGUGCCUGGAAAAACCCGUGUUGAGAUCCAAGUUCUACCACGUGAGGUCCAGCCUCCACUGCUGUUUGCCUUGCCGGACCACACUCGCUUCUCCCUGAUCGACUUCCCGCUUCACCUCCCCUUGGAACUGCUGGGUGUUGAGACGUGUCUCAAAGUUCUCACUGCAAUUAUGCUGGAGUUUAAAGUGAUUAUGCAAUCCCGGGAUUACAAUGCCCUCACAAUGAGCGUGAUGGCGUUUGUAUCCAUGCUCUAUCCGCUGGAGUACAUGUUUCCUGUGAUACCCCUUCUACCUACAUGUAUGUCUUCAGCGGAACAGCUUCUAUUAGCCCCCACCCCCUACCUGAUAGGCGUUCCUGCAAGCUUUCUCCUGUACAAGAAAGGCUUUGACCUGCCUGAUGACAUCUGGCUCGUCGAUCUGGACUCUAACAAGAUAACUCCGCCAUCCCAGCCAGGAAACAAUGAGUUACCACCCAUGCCAGAGCCAGAGGGCAGUGCUCUGAGAAACCACCUUAAACAGGCGUUAACUAGUAUGAGUAUGACUCCGCAGCCGAUAAAAAAUCUUGACGUUCUGGCCCAGAAUCCGGAUAUGUGGAAACGUCGUGAAAGUUUCUCCAACAACACAGGAUUUAACCCUCUCAUUUACGGGAAUGAUGUGGACUCCGUGGAUAUCGCUACUAGAGUUGCUAUGGUUCGGUUUUUCAACUCUGCAAACACCUUGGGUAACUUCACCGAACAUACGCGUACCCUGCGUCUGUAUCCGCGGGCUGUUGUAGCAUUCCAGAUGUACAGUUUCCUCAAAUCGCGCCCUGUCAAGUCCCACUUCACUGUCCGUCUGUCAAGGACACAGGCAGUAGAGUUUUUUGCUGAAUGGGCAUUAUGCCCGCAGAAUGUUGCAUUUCUCCGUGUGCAGACCUCUGUAUUUGACCCCCUACUGAUCGGAGACAAGCCGAAGUGGUAUGCAAGCCAGCUCCAGCCAAUUUUAUUCAAUGUGUACGAUGAUAACUCCUCCCUUGGCGCUGCAUUGAGCUCUGCAUCCGAGGUGGCUAGUGACGAAAAUCCAACAGAUGAGAGUGGCAGUGACAGCGAUGGGGCGGAGUCUACUUCUUCAUCAUAUUCGUCAUUGAGCGAUUUUGUGACAGAUAUGGUCAACAGUGAGAUUGACGGUGAUACACCUUGUUUCUUACCAGAAAACCAGGUUCUUGCAGUUGAUGAAUCCAAGGUUUACCACCCACCAGACUGCCUCCAACUGCCUGAUCCAGGCACAGGGCAUUCAGAUUCUGCAAACUCCCAGAACGAUGAGAGCGAUGAUGGUGCCGACAGCUCUGAUUCCUCAGACGAUAGCAGUGCACCGAGAUAUGCGCCUGACGAAAGCUCUGUGUCGGUCUCAAAUCCUAACAUGCCAAGCUCAAAAGAGUUCAGGUACGACUCUGGGAACCUCACGCCGACAGGACGAGCAACUAGACUCAGGCGUGACAGUGGUGGAUCCAACAGCCCUCCUCCGAGGCCCAGCCGGCCCCCUUUGCAGCCCCUGAACAAGAGCAUUAACUCUGCCUUUGAGUCUUAUGAGAAGCCCCCAAGUCCUCGAGAAAGGGUCCCACCCCAUAGCCCCAGGGAGAGAAUUCCUUCUGGGUCAGGAUCAAGAGGGACUCCGAGCCCUCGGGAGUGGCCACCACCCAAUCCAUUAGCAAUAGCCCGACAGCACAGAGAGCCCAGUGACAGCUCUCAUGAACGGCCCCCUUUAAGUCCAAGGGAAUGGCCUCCUCCAAAUCCUCUGGCAGUCGCCCGACAACACAGAGAACCCACAAGUCCAAGAGAGCCCCCAAGCCCAAGAAUGCCCCGGGUUCCCCCGCCAAGCCCAAGUCUAGGUCGAGAAAGGUUUGGGUCUACAGGCAGUCAGGGCAGCAGCACGGAUAGUACAAAGGGAAGCAACUCCGGUUCAGCGAGAAAAGGGAAUACACUUCACCCUAACAGGCCUGGGCUGAAGACUAUGCAGUCAGACCCAACAGACACUAAACCAGGCUCUUUGCACGCCCCUCCGGAAGGCCGUGGCUCAAGCCCCUCGUCCCUAAUCUCGACACUGAGUAACGACCUCACAGACUUUGCACACAAUGCUAGCAGCACGCUGUCUGAGUUUUUUGGGGCCAAGAAUCCCACCAGCCCAAGCCAGACUCCUACUGCAGUGACCCCUGCCAGUGUCCCCACCCCGCAAACCCACGUGAAACCGGCGCCCAAACCCUUCGCUCCCCUUGGCAACAGGAAAGCCCUUGUGGAAAAAUCAGGGCUCGUCAAACAUGCAACAAACAGAAAGCCUAAGACAGCUGAGAAACAGAAGGCUGAGACCAAGGGUUCGUCUAACAGUGAAAAUCAGCAGUUCCUGAAGGAAGUUGUAGCCAGUGUGCUGGAGGGACAGGGUAUAAGCUGGCUUAAGAUGGGCCGCGUAAAGAAACUUCUUGAGGAUGAGAAUUAUCGCAACUUCAUGGUCUCCAGACUUAACAAGAACCUUGACAAAAAACUAAGCGAUGAUGAUACACAUAUUGAGGAUGUGCCAGUGACAAAGCCAGUGUACAAAGGCAUGCUAUCACUACUGAAGGCGUUUGUUCAUGGUUUGGAGACCACCUUCCAGAAUUACGGUAUUGGGGGGAUGGCGAGUGCCUACAUGGUUCUAGAAAUUGCCCACACCCACCACUGGGCGCGUGAACGAACAAGCUCGAGUAAAAGUGACACUUCCAUAACACCAGAGCUAAACUCCCCAUAUGGAAGUCAGGAGAGUCUUUCCAUCAAGGGGGAUCACUCACCCAGAAAUCCUGACUCACAGAGUCUCAAUGAGGAACACACAGUUGCUGCCCUUGGUUAUUUUGGUAAAGCCAAUUCCAGCCAACUACUGCCCAACGGAAUAAAGUCAGGGCAGUCGCCCGAUAGUACACAGCAGUUAGGUUCACCAGUAAUUGUAAAUGGGGAUGAGUUUGAAAAUAUAGAGAUGGUUGGAAGUUCACUGGAGGAGCACCCAUACAAACUGAACCCUGGCCAUACUGUAAAGGGGCCUGAUAUGAACCGGAAUAUACCAAGUGGUCAGAAAUGUGACAUCAUUAUCACUGGGUCUGCUGAUGAGAGUCGCCACCAACAUCAUCCACUACAACAGCUUCAUCAUCAGCACUCUGGGCCAACCCAUUUGUCGUCGCCAUCCUCAGAUCGUGACGUCAUGUUGGAGUUUGUAAAAAACAAGGGUCUUAUGAAGAGCCACCUAGACCAACGCGUGAGCAGCAUAGAUUCUGAUGUGUCAGAGGCAAGUACGCUGAUAAGUGUCUCGUCCGACAAGGCUCUGGAUGAAAAGGGCCGCCGGAGGUCUCGGAUAAACCACCACUCUAUUCGGGGAUUUGUGUCAGAUUCUGAAACUGAGUCUGUCUCGGGCAAGGCAAGUGUUAAGAAAGGCCGCUCCUCAAGUCUGUACAGCAAUAAAAGUAGUCUGAGCACGGGCUCGCGAUAUCGGGACGGGCAAAUGAUCUCCACAUCGCCCAUACCUGGGAGCCCAGAAGUUACGAAGACAUACCUGUUUGAGGGGCUUAUUGGCAAGGAGCGCAGUCGACUCUGGGACCAGAUGCAGUUCUGGGAAGAUGUGUAUCUAGAUGCUGUAGCCCAGGAAAGAGAUAUUAUAGGCAUGGACCAGGGACCAGCUGACAUGAUGGACAGGUACAACUCUUUGGGGCCGGGAGAUAGGAAGCGCCUUGAACACGACGAAGAUCGACUGUUGUCUGUCCUGCUUUAUAACCUUGUUAGCUUCAUGAUAAUGACUCGCAUACAUAAGACUGAGAUUAAGAAGAAAAUACGCCGCCUCCUCGGGAAGUCUCACAUCGGGCUCGCCUACAGUCAGGAGAUCAAUAAUCUAUUGGACAAGAUUGAAACACUGCACGGGAAUGACAUUGACCUGCGUCCUAUGGGGAGUAGGUUUAUGCAGAAACAGUCGUUCACAGUGCAUUGGGGCAGUGACAAUAAGGGAGAUAUGCUCUUUAUGGAGGUGUGUGAUGACUGCAUCAUCCUACGGAGUGUCACGGGUUCCAUCUGUGACCGCUGGUGGUACGAGAAACUGGUGAACAUGACUUACUGCCCCAAGACAAAGGUCCUCUGUCUGUGGAGGAAGAUGGGUGAUAAGGUCCAGCUCAACCAGUUCUACACAAAGAAGUGUCGUGAGCUUUACUUCUGUGUUAAAGAAGCUAUGGAAAAGGCUGCCAUGAGAAACAAUAGUAAAAUCCCAGGCCCGGAGCUCGGGGGUGAGUUUCCCGUGCAAGAUGUGAAAUCUGGGCAGGGAGGACUCCUGCAAGUCUGUAUGGAAGGCAUAGGUUUACUCCUAGCGAAUAGUAAGUCAUUUAUAGAGCUAAAUCGUAUCAAGAAGUGUUUUACCUUGAAGGGCGAGAUAUUUAUUCUUGAAGAAUUCGAUGCCAAAAGUAAACAAGUAAUCCAGCAUCGCUUCAAAUCCAGACUGGCUGAAACAAUACCAAUGACCGUACAUCGUAUUAUAACUGUGCAAGUAGCAAAAAUUGAACAGCAAAUACGACAACAGCAGGAAACACUCAGAGACGCUGGAAGCUGAUCAGAUAUGCUAUGCUGUGCUAUGUGUGUUUUCGUACGUCGCAGCAGGGAAUGAACUACGAGAGCAUCAACGCAAACAAACUUGACCAGAACAGAGUUGCACAUAGUGUGGGGUUGUUCAAAACAGAAUUAUCUGAUAGUUAUAUAUGUAUGAGAUAGUGCGGUUCUGAACUGACCCACAUUACUUUCUUUUUGAUUGUUUUGUUUCUGAAAAUUUGUGAAGGCUGUCCACUUAUGAUAAUUUAAAAGCAUUUAAUGAUAUAUUUUUUAUUAAGAAUAUAUUACAAAUUUGAACACAGUUCUAACAUUUAUUUAUAUAUUGCGACUUUACAAUUGUGAUAUAAUAAAUGACUGACUCAAAAUAUGAUUACUAUUUUAGUAGCGACUCCUUUUUUAAUUGCUUUGUAAAACUACCGUAUUUUAAUCAUUUGAGAAACGUUGCGUAAUCAAUACGAAGAUAAAAAUCGACACAGUUUUGUUACAACAUUAACAUUUCCAUGGUAACUACGAUUUGUAGAUUGCUUAAAUUGUGGACAGCCUAAAGUAUUAUUUCAAAUGGUGCUUUACUUAUAUUUAACCUCUUUGUACAUGUGUACAUAUGUUUAUGGAUUGUUUUUCAAAGACGAAAAUAGUAUAUUUAUAUUUAAAUUAUAUAUUUUCUCACUAAGCUUUGUGUAAUAUCCUCACAAACAUUAAAUAAUAUAUAUGUUUACAUUUGUUAAGUUGCUUCUUUCAGAGAUAUAUUUUUGCUCACUCGUUGCUAUUUCUAGUCUUUCAUAUUCUUUCUUUACAUUGAAUAUGCAUAACAAGAAUUGGAAUUAAUUAGGGAAAAGGGAUAUAACGUAUUUAUUCCUAUUUAUUCAUCUAGUAGAUCAUAUUAAAGAUUCAUGGUCUGUUUAAUAGUUAUAUUUUGACCAAUGAAAAGGCAGAAUUUCUCAAGUUUUCGAAUACAUUUAUGUCAUUGAAUCAGCAGUCAUUCGUUUGUUUGUUUAUUUUUUGAUCAGGUGAAGUGGUAGAUACUGGCUGGCCCAGUAAAUGGGUAGUUGACAGAAUAUUAUGUAGACCACAAGUAAACAUUAAAAUUGUCAGUAUGUACUAACAAAAAGUAUUUUAUUAAAUGCUAAUAGUCAUCCAUUAUUUAAAAGUCGGAGUAUAUUUUUUCAACUGCUAAAUCAUUUGGUCAUAAUUCAGUAACAAGGUUUUCGAAAUGUAAUAGAAUUGUAUCAAAGAAGACUGCAUUAAUGUUGAUGUCUUCAAAUAGUGUUUAAUAGUUGUACAUAUGUAUGGUGGCUCUUUUCCUUGAAUUGCUUAAGUGUGAUGAAAUAAAAUAUAAAUCGUUAACAGAAAUUAAACUUACAGUUUCCAUCGGAAAGUUUAACAGUUUUAAGGGUAUGAUUGAUAUGAUGGUACAUAUACAUAAAAUGUAUGAUGAGAUAUAGUCAAUGUUCUUGUUUUUCUUUUACAGUAGAAGCUCUUUUGUUUUUAUUUAAAAGGUUGUGUUUUGUGCAACUCUGUAUCUGGUCAGUAUUCACAGCGGGAAUGGACGGUACUCUCAACAAACCGCAACCAAGAGGAGUUAACCAUAAGUCUCAAGUCAUUUCCGAACUUAAGUUGAUAUCCCGAAAUAAUUUUAGUCGAAUUAAAAGAAAUGUAUGCAUAGUUUAAACAGAAAAUAUAAUUGUUUUAAUUAAGUUAAUGAAUAUAUGAAGUAUUUCGGAAGUUGUUCUUUCAUAUGACCAGUGGGAUGCUAAAGAUAGGAAAAAGCAUUACGUUAGGAAAUGACCUAAGAUCUUUAUGAAUGCAGGACCAGACAUUCAGUGUCUUUUUAUUUAGUGUUUAAUGUUAAGGACACAUUUCAUUAUCCCAAUCUAGACUUUGAUAAAGGUGACCCAGAAAGGGAUAUUUUUAUAAGACCCAACGCCAACAUGAGAACAACAGAUUCAACAGUUCAUUGCUUACUUCGGAGGUUGUGAAAAGGUUGAUGCAGUUCGAUGAGUGAUCGGGACAUUGCAAACGCAUUCGAUCAUGUGUUUGUUCAAUUGUGACGUAUUCGCUGAACCAUGCCAAAUAGAUAUAAAGUUAUGUUGUCGAGGAAGUUUUCGGUAGUGUAGGAUAAAACAUGUAUCUUUUUUAAACAUGACCAUUAUAUACUUUUCAGCCAGAUGGAUUUGAGCUCAAAAUUGUUGUAUAAUAUUUGUUUUAAAAACGUUGUAUCCAUGAUAGUUAAACACUGAUAUAUAAUCGCCCCUUAAGGAACUGUAUUUUUCUUUUGCACUUGUGUAGUAAUAAUAUGCGUAAUUUAUCAACAUUUCGUAUUAUAUCAUAGAUUUUGUUUUUGACAUUUUAACAUUAUUAAUUAACAUUUUUCUGUAACGCUCUGAGAAUUUGAUAAGAAAACACUGUCUGUUUGUGUUUUAAAUAUGAACUCAUUGUGUGUACAACUAUGCUUUCUAAAGUACACUAAAAAUACAUGUUAAGCUUUAAACGGCACUUUAGUUAGGAAUCUCGUAACUCAGACAAUCAAAUUAAUCUAAAAAUAACACCUACCACUUUCAAGCAAUUGGAAUAAAAAUACAUGUAUAUAAAUAAUCAUCGUCAGAUACACCCAGUUCACUCUACGUUAUUGAAUAUCGUGGGACAUUACGCAAGGAAAAUAUCGUAAUCAUUAAUUAUUAAUGAGGCAGCUUCAUUCGGACGAAUGGGGACCACUUCGGAAUUUAAUCAAAUGAAAUUACGUCAUCUGUUCUUUUCUUUACUUAGUAACAAAACCCUUGUAUGACGUCAUUAUUAGUUUGCAACAAGCAAUUUCAUCGGAAGAAGAGUUUUCUUCCCUAUCUCAUAAAUAUUAAUAAAAAUGAGAAUUUGUCAGUCAAUUCCGACGAAACUAACACAGUGUAGACGUUAUAAAGUACUUAGGUUACCAACGAAAAUAAAUAUUAAGUUGGAAAUGACCGUUCGGAUCAAAAUAUAUUUAUUAAAGUUACAAUAUGGUAAUGUAACAAUAUGUAGUGUUAUAAACAUUAAUGCUAUAACAUUAUAAUUCUUUUUUUGGGGAUGAUAUUAGUUAGAAAGAAGUUUGAGAGUUUCACAUUUCAAAGAAGCACAAAUUGCAAACUUUACAACCUUAGACUUGGAAAUAACUAUAUACAAAAUACUAUAUAUGUAAUGAACAUGCAAUGUGUUUCGUGUAUGAUAUUUGUUGUUCAGUUUACUAGUAAUAUUAGAUCAUUUGUACGCAAACAUGUUUAUGUCACUUAUCUAUUCAUUUCAAUGGAUCGUCACGUUUGUUUAUUUUGAAGUAGAUGAAAUCAGUGGUUAAUAAUACCUUAUUUGUAGAAAUCCGCAUGGGUUUAUUAUUAUAGCCUUGUGCAAUAUUGUUAACAUUGUUCAUUUGAAAUAAAUCGUUACAAUGU